AUUGGAAAAGUCAACAUUGGGUUUCACCCGAACUUUGCUCACUCGUUUUUUUGGAUUGAAAUAUCCGUCUAUCUUCUAGGAUCAUUUCUAUCUUACGUAAACGAAACCGGAAAAAAAAUCAUACUUGAUACUUCCCAUGAACACUACAAAGCUAAUCUUUAGUGCAUCAGCACUCGCAAUAAUCACUGUAAUUUUAACUUUGAGCUCCAAAAAUGUGUACAGGCCACCUUCAAUAGCAGGCUCCAAAGACCUUUUAUCUAAAGCUGAGGUAAUUCAGCUGAAAGGAGCUGUUGGGCCAGAAAGUCUUGCGUUUGACCCAAAUGGAGAAGGUCCAUAUACUGGCGUUGCCGAUGGCCGGAUUCUUAAGUGGCAAGGAGAUUCUCAAGGUUGGGUUGAUUUUGCUGUCACUUCAUCUCAAAGGAAGGAAUGUGUGCGCCCCUUUGCUCCCCAUAUGGAGCAUGUAUGUGGAAGGCCGCUGGGCUUACGAUUUGAUACAAGAACUGGGGACCUCUACAUUGCUGAUGCCUACUUAGGACUUCAAGUUGUGGGGCCAUCUGGAGGAUUAGCUACCCCACUUGUCACAGAAGUUGAAGGCCAGCCUCUGCGCUUCACAAAUGACAUGGACCUUGAUGAGCAAGAAGAUAUCAUUUACUUCACAGAUACCAGCACACAAUUCCAAAGGAGGCAAUUUAUUGCAUCUGUCGUAAUUGGAGACAAGACUGGCCGGCUGAUGAAAUACGACAAAUCAACCAAAGCAGUGACAGUUUUACUACGAGGCCUUGCGUUCGCCAAUGGUGUAGCCUUGAGCAAAGACAAGUCCUUUGUACUGGUGGCUGAAACUUCUACUGGUAGAAUAGUAAAGUAUUGGCUUAAAGGCCCUGAUGCAGGAAAACAUGCUACAUUUGCUGAUCUACCAGGAUAUCCAGACAACAUUAGAAGAAACUCCAGAGGGGAGUUCUGGGUUGCUUUGCAUUCAAAAAGGUCGCUGCUUGCACGGUUGGUCACAUCCAAUUCUUGGCUCGGAAGGACAUUGCUAAAACUUCCAUUCACCUUCCAGCAACUGCAUUACCUGUUAGUUGGAGGGCAGCCACAUGCAACUGCAAUUAAGCUAAGUGAGGAGGGGCAAGUCUUGGAAGUUUUAGAAGAUGUCGAGAGCAAAACCUUGAAGUUUUUAAGUGAGGUCGAGGAGAAAAACGGGAAGUUGUGGAUUGGUUCUGUACUGGUGCCUUUUAUUGGAGUUUAUGAAUUGUCAUAAAGUAGCAGCGUUCGAAAUAGGUUUUAGCAUUCAACUCCAGCUUGCUGGUAAUAAGACUUUCUUAAGUAAAACUGUUGGUGAAUUCUCGGUUUCCUUUGUACUGUCCUGAGUAAGUUUAACUUUGAAUUAGAGUUGUUUUCCACCUUGUGGACUCGGGUAUUUUCCUUCUUCUAAUUUUCUUCUUUUUGA